UCCAUGGAGGCGACCAUGGUGGUAAUGGUGCACACCCUUGCCGCCAUCCUUACACUCUGGCUGAUCUCGAGGUCCCUGUGGCAUCUGGUAUGGAGGUCGUACGCCGUCGCCGGCUGGUUUGAACGGCAGGGGAUACGAGGGCCACCUUACAGAUUCGUCCUUGGGUCCUUGUGGGAGAUGAAACAGAUGUUGGUUGUCGAGAGAGGAAAGACGCCUCUGGAUAUCGGCAGCCACGACUACACCUCCCGCAUCAAUCCUUUCUUUCACAAAUGGGCCGCCGAUUACGGGAAAACAUUUCUGUAUUGGUUGGGACCAACACCGACAAUAUACUCUACCGACUUGGAGCUAGUGAAGCAAGUACUGGAAAACAGGACAGAGUUAUUCCAAAAUGACUACCUGAAUCCAAUCUUGGAACGCAUCUUCGGCAAAGGACUUGUGACCACAAACGGUGAUGACUGGAAACGGCAUCGCAGAGUCGUACACCCGAUCUUCAACCACGAGAACCUCAAGGUUGUUGCCUAGACUACAACAAACG